UUCGCUUCAGACCGUACUUGCUUUGCCAGCGCGCACGUCCUCCACACUUUUCAAUCCUUCGAGUCAUUAACAUGCAUGGCAUCCAUGCUCUUGAGUUUAUUGUGUCUUCAGUGCUACUAUGCAUCGGAUUGAGGGCAAUGGCAGCACAGUCUGGGUCUGAGACAGAUCUGGUGGUCCCCUAUGAGUUAAACGGAGAGGAGGUUCACCUUCUGCAGGAAGCACUGGGGCGGAGUGGGCUCAGGAGCCAGCGUUCAGUCCAACAUCCAACAAGUCUGCGGGACAACUUGUUCCUCUCCUUGCCGGCGUUUGGACAGGAGCUGUACCUGCAGCUCCGAAGGGACGACUCCUUUAUAUCCGAUGGCUUUGUCGUGGAAGAGCGUGCGGAGGAUGGGACCACCGUACGGCAGGCGCCCGCCCUGGAGACGAGCCGGGGCUGCUUCUACACCGGAUCAGUCCUCAACCACACCAACUCCUUCGCGUCUGUCAGCACGUGUGGUGGUCUGACGGGCCUGGUGCAGACGGGCGAUGACAGCUUGUUUAUUGAACCAGUCAACAUCGCGGACGACUCUUUCUCCGGGACGGAGCACAAGGUCACCCGGCACAAACGAUCCACCAGAGCCAGCCCAUCCCCCACCGACAACCAACCACACUACUGUGACCCCGUGCAAGGUAAGAAGAAGGAGCGGAAGCAGAAGCCUGUGGAGGAGGGCAGGGGUCGGCGGAAUGCCAUCCGGCUGAGCCAGGCGUUCACCGUGGAGACGGUGGUGGUGGCCGACUCUGACAUGGUGCAGUACCACGGUGCCGAGGCGGCUCAGCGCUUCAUCCUUACCGUCAUGAACAUGGUGUACAACAUGUUCCACCACCAGAGCCUGGGCGUCCGCAUUAACAUCCGGGUCACCAAGCUGGUCCUCCUCCACACCCGGCCGGGGAAGCUGAAGGUGGGCCACCAUGGAGAGCGGUCGCUGGAGAGCUUCUGCCACUGGCAGCACGAGGAGUUUGGCGGCGCACGCUACCUGGGGAGCAACCACGUCCCCGGGGGCAGGGACGAUCCGCCGCCCGUGGACGUCGCUGUGCUGGUCACCAGGACUGAUUUCUGCGUCCAUAAAGACGAGCCGUGUGACACAGUAGGAAUCGCCUAUCUGGGUGGCGCCUGCAGCUCCAAGAGGAAGUGCGUGCUGGCCGAGGACAACGGCCUCAACCUGGCCUUCACCAUCGCCCACGAGCUCGGCCACAACAUGGGAAUGAGCCAUGAUGAUGACCACGCCACUUGCACUGGACACUCCCACAUCAUGUCUGGCGAGUGGGUCAAAGGUCGCAACCCUAGUGACCUCUCCUGGUCGUCCUGCAGCCGUGAUGACUUGGAAAAUUUCCUCAGGUCGAAGGCCAGCUAUUGCCUGCUUCACACGGACCCGCGGAGCCGCUACGUGGUCCGACUGCCCCCCAAGCUGCCCGGCAUGCACUACAGCGCGGACGAGCAGUGCCAGAUUUUGUUUGGCACCAAUGCAACCUUCUGCAAUGAUAUGGAGCACCUCAUGUGUGCCGGCUUGUGGUGUCUGGUGGAGGGUGACACCUCGUGUAAGACCAAACUGGACCCUCCGCUGGAUGGUACCGAGUGUGGGGCGGACAAGUGGUGCCGUGCGGGAGAGUGUGUGAGUAAGACGCCCAUCCCACAGCAUGUGGACGGAGACUGGAGUCCCUGGAGCCAGUGGAGCCGCUGCAGCCGCACCUGCGGGACAGGAGCCCAGUUCAGACAGAGGAAGUGUGACAAUCCACCGCCUGGUCCUGGCGGGAGGCACUGCCAGAAGACGAGCGUGGAGCACAAGGCCUGCGAGAGCCCGCCAUGCGCCAAGGGCCUGCCCACCUUCAGAGACCAGCAGUGCCAAUCCCACGACCGGCAGAGCAACAAGAGGAAGAACAGCAUGUUGACCGCCGUCAUCAACGAUGAAAAGCCUUGUGCUCUCUACUGCACUCCUGUGGGACAGGACGCUCCGGUGUUGGUAGCGGACCGGGUCAUAGACGGAACCCCCUGCGGCCCUUACGAGUCUGACCUCUGCGUGAGCGGGAGGUGUCAGAAAAUUGGUUGUGAUGGCAUCAUCGGCUCCUCGGCAAAGGAAGACAGAUGUGGGGUCUGCAACGGGGACGGCAAGUCCUGCAAGAUCGUCAAGGGGGACUUCAACCACACCAGGGGAACGGGCUACAUCGAGGCGGCCAUCAUUCCAGUUGGCGCUCGGCGAAUCAAAGUGGUGGAGGACAAGCCAUCCCACAGCUUCCUGGCGCUGAAAGACUCAAGCAAGAGAUCCAUCAACAGCGACUGGAAGAUUGAGCUGCCGGGGGAGUUCGAGCUCGCCGGCACAACGGUGCGCUACGUGCGACGGGGACUGUGGGAAAAGAUGUCUGCUAAGGGACCCACUAAGACACCUCUGCACCUCAUGGUGCUCCUGUUCCAUGACCAGACGUACGGGAUCCACUAUGAGUACACGGUGUCUCUGAACCAGUCCCAGGAGAACCGCAGCGAGGCGCAACGGGAGCCGGAGCAUCUCUACUUGUGGACGCACAGCAGCUGGGAAGGCUGCAGUGUCCAGUGUGGUGGAGGCCAGAGAAAGACGUUGGUGUCCUGCAUGAAGCUGCUCAACAAGACCAUGACCCUUGUGAAUGACAGCCACUGUCAACCCGAGAACCGACCAGCACCUCAGAUUCGGCACUGCAACACCCACCCGUGCCAGUACCGCUGGGUGACCGGCGACUGGGGGCGGUGCUCGGUGACGUGUGGAAAGGGUUUGCAGCUGCGUGACGUGGUGUGCGUGCACCAGCUCCAGAACGGCUCCUACAUCAACACCAGGGACCUGUACUGUGUCAGCGGCAAGCCCUCGGCUGUGCAGGGCUGCGACGGCCGCGACUGCCUCACCGUAUGGGAGGCCUCCGAGUGGUCCAGGUGCUCGUCAGACUGCGGCCGUGGGACGCGGAGGCGCACCGUCACCUGCACCAACCCCCAGGGCCGCUGUGACCCCGUGUCCCGCCCGGCAGAGGAGGAGGCCUGUGAGGACCACUCCAAGUGCUACGAAUGGAAGACUGGAGACUGGUCAAAGUGUUCUUCCUCAUGCGGACGGGCUCUCCAGUCCAGAGUCGUCCAGUGCAUGCACCGCGUGACCGGUCGCCAUGGCAACGACUGCCCGGCAGUGCUCAAGCCCCCGGCCUACCGGCAGUGCCACCUGGGGGCGUGCAACGAGAAAGUCAACGUCAACACCAUCACCUCCCCCAGACUGGCGGCGCUGACGUACAAGUGCACGGGAGACCAGUGGACGGUGUACUGCAGGGUGGUCCGGGAGAAGAACCUGUGCCAGGACAUGAGGUGGUACCAGCGGUGCUGCCAGACCUGUAGAGACUUUUAUGCCAACAAAAUGCCACACAACAGUUAAUGACCUCGCAGCAGAUGGAUAGGGUUGUCUCAUUUGACAUGUUCAGAUUAUUAUUAUUAUUAUUAUUAUUAUUAUUAUUAUGAUAGAAGGCGUUACUGUUAUGUCCAUUAAUAUUGAUGGAGUAAUAUCAUAAAAGUCUAUAAACUGUUCAUAUGCAUGAACAUACAUUUCAAGUGAGAUCUAAAGCUAAAAGAUGUUAAGAUGACUUGAAAACACUUUUUUGUUUUGUUUAUUUUACUUUUGCUGUAAACCAAAGUGAGUGACUUAUAGACAUGAGAGGUCACUGUUCAGCCCAUCAGGAUGGCUGUUGCACAGUGUGAGAACAUUCAGCAGGCCCUGUUUUCCAAUCACCACUGGCUGGCCAGGAACCCAAGAAUGGGCACUGGAACCUGUUUUUUCCCACUUUACUUCCCAAAUGUUUUUUUGUUUUAUUUGUUUGUUUUGUUUUACUGUAUGUUUAUUAUCUGUCUGCUUUAUUUUAUUGUAUUGUAUGAAGAGCCACCGUCAAGUAGUAGUUUUUUUCAACUGAUUUUGGUAACCUCAACACCAGUAUUGGUGCUUCUGAACUUAUCCUUCAAAAGAUAUGAGCUAAAUGAUUUGAGUCAAAGAGCCUUAGGCUCGGAUGGGGUAGGUGAAAGAGCUGGUCAUGUUAGGUGCUUUCCUAUGGUGCUCAUUACUUUCAUAAUUUCUGUCAGGAAAGCAAGUGGUCUAGUAAGCAUAGAACUAAAAUAGCCCCCUUUUUUUAAAGGAACCUAUAGUGAAACCUAUAGUAUCAUCACUUUACUCCUUGGUUUCAAUUUAUGUAUUUAUGUUUCAUCAAAAAGUGGGGCAUUGUACCUGUUUAGUUCUGAAGCUAGCUAGUAGAGACAAGCGUGUGGAUGUGGAAACACAACUAAAUCCAUUGCCUUGAGUAAUUAAUCCGUUAUUAAUCAUUAAUUAAGUCUGUUUUUGCACUCGGUUCACAGUUAUUCUAGCCUGGCGAGCCAGACCCACAUUAAAAUGUAGGGUCUGGGCACUCACCGUUCGCAG